CUUUAAGCCUGGCCCCGCCCCGCUCCGCCUGCCCCGGCCGGCGGCGCGCGAGGCGGGGCGGGCCCGGCGGCGGUGGUGGCGAGGCCGGGGCGUUGGGCUGGCGAGACGCUGGGGCGGCCGGGGCGCGCGGCGCGGACGUGCGAGCCCCGAGCGCUGCGGCAGAGCGGCCCCCGCGCCCGGCCCGGCUCCGCGGGCCGCGCCGCAGCGCCCGCCCGGAGGGGAGGAGGCCAGGGGCCGGCGUCGCCCCGCUACCUGCCGCCGAUUGAGGUGCUCCUAAUCAACCAGAUCUUUCGGGGAUUUUUUUAAAAGAAACUUUGGUGGGUAAAAGAUGUGCCAUGGAAUGGUAGCACCAAAGAGCAACACAGGAUCGUCUCUUGCCUUGACUAGCCAUGGGUUAUUUCUUCUGCUAGUUAUCUUUGGCACCCUUAUUGUGGAAGCACAGGCCACAGGUUGGCUCAGCAAAUCCAAAGGACCUGCAUAUUGUCCACAACCACCACAGCCUGAGAACGGAGGCUAUAAAUGCCACCCUAGUCCCUGUAAUGACCCUCUAACUUCGGGCAGUGUCAUAGAGUAUCUGUGUGUUGAAGGCUACAUGCUGAAGGGAGACUAUAAAUACCUGACCUGUAAGAAUGGACAGUGGAACCCAGCCAUGGAAGUUAGCUGCAGACUCAGCCCGGAAAAGGACUCUCCCCCAACAAUUGGAGUACCCACGCUCUCCAUAGUGGCCUCCACAGCAAGCUCCGUUGCCCUGAUUCUUCUGUUAGUUGUGCUGUUUGUUUUGCUGCAGCCAAAGCUGAAGUCAUUCCAUCACAGCAGGCGAGACCAAGGUGUGUCUGGGGAUCAGGUCUCUAUCAUGGUGGAUGGUGUCCAGGUGGCCUUGCCAUCCUACGAAGAAGCGGUGUAUGGCAGCACAGGAAACUGCAUUCCACCCUCAGAUUCCCGGGUGCAGAUCGUGCUGUCAGAGGGAGCUGGACAGAAUGGAGCCAGAGAAAUGCAGCAGCAGGACCAAGAGGCUUGCAAUAGCUUUGUUAGAGAGGAUGAAGCCCCAGGACAGUCUGGACUGUGUGAAGCCAGCAGCUCUCAGCGCUCUGAAACUGUUCUUGUGCAUCAGGCUGCUACCUCUUCCUGGGUAGCUGGCAUGUCUAGUAGUAGACCUAUGCACAAAGAGGUCCAAGACUCAGAAAGCAGUGACAUACAGAGCCUUUUAUCACUCACUUCCUCUGAGGAAUACACAGACGAUAUUCCCUUAUUGAAGGAAGCAUGAGGCCUGCUGCAUGUGUCUAGCCUUCUCCUUCUUGGGUUUCUCCCUUUUCCCCUCCUCUUGGGACAGAAGCACUCUGUGCAGCCUUCCCUGUCCUCGCAAGCUGUGCCCUGGAUACCUCCAAGCAGAGACCCCCUCAGCUGAAGAUCCAAAGGAUGUCGCCAGGUUGCCUCCUGGAUGCACCAGUGGGGUUGGUGCAGUGCUGGCUUCCCCAUUCCAUCUGCAUCAGGGGCUCAAGGAACAUAGUGGAUUUGAGCUCUCCUCUCCUUUUCCCCAGCCAGAUGUGUGACAGCAGUCUCUGGAGAGCUGCUCUUUUCUUGUGCCUUUCUCCUCCUCACACCGGCUUGUCACAGCUUCUUAGCCUCUCUAGCCCUUCUGCUGCCCAGAGAGCAGGGGCUAAAUCUGCUUGCUCAUUGGGUGCAGAUGUGGUUUAUAUAUACAUGUGUAUAUUAUAUAGGCUCUUCUUCCAGCAUCCUCUUUGAUAGCGCAGGACAAAUGGGACUGAACCUGGGCUUGGGAGAGAUUCCAGUUACAAGGCAACUUGUGAUGUCUAGAAGUGCCUGGAAUGAGAUGAGCUGUGUGAUAAUUUAGCUGUGCAAUAACAAUUCGUUGAGGUUUGCUAGAGCUCUGAAGGCAGAGAAGCCCCGUGUUUGGGAAAGCCCUCUGCCCCUCUCAAUACUGUCUGGUAUAGCAGAGCAGUUGCAUCUCUACAAGAGUCUGCUCCUGAAAAUCUUGCUCUUCUCUCCUUCCUUCACUACCAGUGCAGUCAACUCAGCUGUGCUGGAAUCUGGGACUGUGACUGUGCUUCAAGCAAGACAACUCUUUUGGCUUUGAUGUGGUGCUGGAGCAGCUCCUGAUUUUAGAUUGUGGGAGAGCCAUGGUGGCCACUGGGCAGCAGGGUCUAGGGAUGAGCACAUUUGUAAGCAAGCCAGGAGGAUCUGACUUUCAGUUAACCAAGCCUGUGUUAAUUGUCAGUUAGUCCCAUUCACUUAAGUAUCAGGACUGGAACCUGAUUUGUGGCCCUAUUCUUCUGAAUAUGUUGUGUGUCUUACAAAGCUUCUCCAGUUACUAAGGUUGUUCUGUGCUAUUGCUUGGGUUCCCCUUGCUCAGGUCUUCAGGCAGAGGUAACGCUUUUCAGUUGUAAUCUGGUAGUAGUUGUGUUUGAAACUGUCAGAAGGAAAAUGCCUGUGUGUAGUGAAUGCUGGGUCACACUGGUGCAAUCCCAGAUUACCUUGCCAGUCAUACUGGGGACCUGAGUACUUGAAUCCUGGGUAACUACCAUCCAAAUGGCUAGUGUGUCUUCCUAGCUUCACAGAGUCUGCAGUAUUAACCUGAUGUGCUUCAGUGGGCCUACACAGAAAGGUUUCUUCCUUGUGGCUGGGGAUCAAAGGGCUUUGUAAAGUCUCUCCCAAAUAUAGCAUGGUUGCCUGUUGCUGUGAAGGAAGGUUGGCUACAUUCGGAUGGUGGUGCCAGAAGACAUCACAACUUAUUCCAGAGCAAGAAUAUUAAGGAUUGUUUUAAGGAAGUUCUAUUAGGAGAGAAAAAAAUCCAAGAAUAUGUAUGCGUCCUCACCCCACAGUUACCUAUGGCAGGUCAGAGUGUUCUGGUUGCUUUUAACAGGAUUUUAUUGCAGGAAACAAAAUUCAUGUGGGACGGGUGAGCCAAACAAAAAACAUUGUGGUAGUUUCAAGGUUCAGUGGGGUAGUCUGGAAACAGUUUUCCUUGGAACUGGUUUCAACAGAAGAUUAGGCUUAAAAAGAUGUGUGUACCUUGUCAAAACUGCCAUGAGGCAGCCAAGGCAGUGCUUGCCCUGUGAGAAGCUGCUAAAUUUUCAUUUGAGUUGAAGGAGCAAAACGUCAUGGCCUUACGCAUCACGUGGUAAUGUACAGGUGAACAGGGCUUCUGUUUUACAGUACUCCCAGUCCUCAUCCUUGUUGCUCUGGGAACAGGCUGUCACAGCACUUGGUAAAAGUGACAUGACACUUUUUUUUUUUUUUUUUUUUUUUAAGACAUUAAGACUGUGGCUUUGAUCCAGUUCCUGGAAAUAGGGAUUGGCCAUGAUGCCCAGCCGUCUGCCUGCUGCUCCUGUUUCUGAUUAGCGUUCUUAGGACAGCUGGGACAGCACAUGCCUGCAGAUGGAAGAGUGCUAUUUUCCCUAUCCUUGUUUAAGAGGGACAUUAUUAAAUUAAAAAUGCAGUAUUUUAAACUUCCUUCCCCAUUGCUCAUAUCUUAGGCUAACACAAGUUUUUGAUAAAUCCAGUUUGGUUGAGUUUGGGUUUUUUGUUCAGUUUGGAUGAUGAAAAUUCCAUGUUGUUUUACCUAGGGUUUUAGUGUUUCAACCUCAAGCAGUGCAGAGGGCAAAUGUUAUUUACCCAUCUGCUGUUAAAAUUUUAGAAAAUAGCAGCAUGGGAACGUUCUUAGUUUUUAAUUCCUGCCUUAAAAAAAGAUCUAAGCUUGAGCAGUGUCUCAUUCACUGGUUUUAUCAAAGCACGUGGAGGGAGCAAGUGAGUGUAUGGUGGGAAGGGAAGAAUGUGACCUUUUUCCCCGCUUCCUAGUGAAAACAGAGUAGGAGUUGCUCUUUACACAGCUUAAGGUCCUGUCUACUUGGACUUACCCCCAGCAACAGAGGUGCAGAAGCGAAGUGCAUGCCAUCUUCCUGCAAAGUACAGUUCUGAACUCAGUGUAGCACUGGGUUGGUGGAAGAAGUGUUCCCUUAAUGAAGCUGAUCCCAGGGCCUGACCUUGCCUUGGAUGAUGGCAUGCUCAGCUAGCAAAGAGCACCUACCGAGUGACCCUGCCUUCUUUCUCUGCUAUUGUAAAGUGAUCAGCCACCGGUUUGGGAGAAAGUUUCAAUUUGGGUGGGGAAGAGAAGGAAGCUGCAAAGAAGAGGAUGUGCUUUACUUUUGUUUCAUUUAUAAAAAUUGUGGAAAAUGGCUUUCCAAAAAAAAGUGUAGGUGGAGGGAAACAUACAAGCAUAGGUCUUGUGAUCAGGCCUAAACAGUCAAACAUCUGCUGGCUUGCUAAGAGGGUAAAACGUGCUGGUGUGCUGCUUGCGGUUUAAGCCGGUCUCCCUGCUGUGCUGUCCUGUAACCCCAGCUGGCUCUCCUCUGGCACUUGCAGAAGAGCCUUGUUCCCUGCAGCAACAGUGCCAUGUGAAAAUGGGCCUUUAGGACCCGUGCAAGCCAGAACAUGAAUAAACAGCUUUUGGAUUAUCACAUUCCUUUUUCCCAAGCCCUCAGCUUUGGAGUUUAUUUUCAUGUAAAGUGAGGUACAAUGGUUGGGGGAGGAACCCGAAGAGUUUUCUGCUUGAUAAUUGUUUUUAAAGGAAGGAGGGGAGGAAGCCCUCCUCUUAUUUACUGAUUAUCAAAUGAUUGUUAAUCACUCAUGCUUGUUUUAAUUCUGUGGAGGCUGAAGGGUUGGGAAGUCUUCGGGCGGACGUUCAGAAAGAUGAACUAAAGUGCACACUCCUGUCUUUAUUCACUGGAGCAAGGACUGAGACGUAAAGAUCCCUCAGUCAUGAGCUCUGCUCUGUCUCAGGAGUGUUCGUUACCUCUAAGCAAAGAGUGCGUCCCCUGUGAUAAUCGUCAUAGGUAGAUGCAGCCUGGAUCUCAAUGUGUGGCGGGGGCUCAGCUUCGUAAGAGGCAACAUAGUAGGUGGUGGUGUUUUUACUGAUGGGGCCACAGCUUCCUUACCUCUUUUCCCACCUGUGCCUGACAACAGAAUUCAAAGGGAGGCAUUUUUUUCUCCUUUAACACUCCCAACGUAAUCAUCUCGUUCUGUCAUACUUGCUGGACUCUGAGAUGUUCAGGAAGAACAUAAUGAUUUAAUUACAUUGGAAAAUUAAAAAUAGCACUUAUUUUAAAGGAGUUUUUUGUUUUUGUGGGUUUGUUUAAGAAUCUGAUAGGUUAAAAAAUUAAAAGGGCAUUUCAGAAAUUCACAAAAUACUGUGUGCAAUAGAAAAAACCUCCUUGCUUUCUUUGAGUUAUGUGGGUUUUUAAAACAAAAUACAGUCUACUGCAGUGUUUAUAACCCAAGUGUUACAGAACUGGACCAGUCUAAGAGAACCAGAAAAUGAAGUUGAAAGUAACCCAUGAGGAAGUGGGGCAGUUUCUUGUCAGGGUCUCCAUCAUGAAGCUCAGAUCAAAUGAUGAGCCAGCUUGGAUCGUAUCAGUGCUUCCUGUCACCUCAGAGGGGAUCGGCAGCAUUGGUGAGAGAAAUGGUUGUGUGUUCCGUUUUUUAAAUAGCUUGCAUCUCCCCAUCAUUAAAUGUAGAAGUGGUGUUUAAAAAAAAAAAAAAAAAAAAAAAAGCCAGAAAGAGGGACAUUUUGCAGCAUAUGAGCCUGUGGAGUUGUUACUAAGUUAAAACUUCCAUGAAUUUGGGAAGGAGCAGAGCUUAGUGCAUUUAUUUGGUAUUUCAGCACAUGUAGAAGUCAGGUAUGCAAGGAAUAAAUAUGUUCCACUUGCUAGGGGAGGGAACAUAAGAUGCUCCCAGCGUAGAUGAUUUGGGGCAAUAUUGAGGAGUGGGGUGAGGGAAGAGCAACAACCUCAGACAUUGGAAAUAAUCUAAGAAGGUAACUCAUUUGCAGUACAGAAAAAGGAACACAAGAAGAGGGGGGAGCGAGGAAGAGCUGUGAUUAGCCUGCAACAUAGCUCUGUAUUUAAUGAGAGCUAGUGCAUUCAUGGCUAUCUGUAAGGAUGCUGCGCUUUGUCUAGAUUAUCUAGCAGGUACCAGCAGGCUUGCUGUAUGAAAAAUGGUAACAUGCAACUAGUUGGACACACUGAGAUUUCCUUGCUGACCUAGAGCAUAUUUGCAAAACCUGGCUUUACUGUUCUGAUGGCAGUUGUUUAAAAAAAAAAAAAAAAAAAAAAAAAAAAAAAAAAAAAAAAACACCCUGCCCUUUUACUCCAUCCAGAUACCUAAUCAAUUUCACUUUCCGGUUCUUGUAAAUAAGUGCAACAAAUCCUAUCUGUUUUCCCCACACAUCCCACAUCCUGCCUCAGCCCAGCCCCUGCAGUACUUACCAGAGAACGGCAGAUUCUACUUGUUCUAUGUGAAAGCCUGUGUUUGCAAAGGAACUUUAUUAGAAAACAUUUAUUCUGUAUAAAAGGCUUUGAAAGUGCAGAGAGGCUUCUUAGAGCAGGCUUUAUUUUAAGGAGUAUUUUUAUACAGGAAAUAAGUCCUCUUCCAACACUUCAGAACCAUAUUCGUACCAACCCAAGGGUUACUGUCCUGAUUAUCCAUCCCCUCCUCUUGCCCCUCUGCAGGACAGGAAGCAUGCAAUUUCCCCCACUUCUCUUCAGGGCCCCAAGUCCAGCACUGCUUCUGAACUUGGCCUUCUGCAGAUUACUUGUGGAGAUUAUAUAUAUAUGUGUGUGUGUGUGUGUGUGUGUAUAUAUAUAUAUAUAUAUAUAUAUAUAUAUAUAUAUGUGUGUGUGUGUGUGUGUAUAUAUAUAUAUGUAUAAAAAAUGCACCCACCAGAGUGGGUUCUACUGAUGCUCUGCAUAUGCUUGGCGUAAGCUGUGCUUUUGCUUCUGUUCUGGGGUGAGCGAGGACAGAGGCAACUGAGUAGUGCUGGAAGAUGUUUUAGUUCUGAUUUUCAACUUCAUUUAAUUCAAAAAGAAGAAAAAGCUGAGCUGUCUGUGAAGCAGGUGUCCUAUGACUCAGUGGGUAGACUGCUGAUAGUUGCUGAUGCAAAUGCAAGGGGAGCUUGGUUGCCUUCAGUGCAUUAAUCUUUUUUCCUGUUUGGUUGUUUCUGGUUUUGGGGGUUUUUUUAACCUGAAUUGCACCACUAUGGAAUUAUUUGCAGAAUGGUACUCCGUAUAUAUGUGGGUUAAAAAAAAAAAAAAAAGUAAUUGAUGCUGUGCAGGAUGUCACUCAAUCAGUUUUAUUUUGCUUUAUUUUAUAUAUAUUUUCUGGUAUCCUGUACAUUGCAGUGGGUGUGAAGAUAGUAUUUUAAUAUUUGUACAAAGUUUAAUUUAAUUGUUCUAUGUAUAUAACUGCAUUUCUAAAUUAAAAAAAAAAAUCUUUUGAAGUGAA